UUGAUUUUAGAGUGUUAGAAUUAGAACGAUUCCUUGGUUUCUUUCCUUCUAUCUCUUAUUUUUAAACAACUAAGUCUCUCUCAACACCACAAAUAACCUACAAUUAAUCCCAACCCACAAAACAACCAAUUCAAACUCCAUACUACUCUUUAAAAGGCCCCAAUCUCCCCCACAACAAACCAACUCACCAUGGCUUCUCUCCUCCUCUUCCUCCUCUUCCUCCUCUUCGUGGUCUGCACUCUCCCAUCGGUCUCACUCGCCGUCACGAAGGCUGAAGUUUCGUAUCUCAUUGGUCGUCAACUUUUGGCUAUAAGAGAACACGAUGAACUCCCAGAUGACUACAAAUAUGAAGUUGAAGUUGAUUCUCACGAAACUUUCUUAAAUGAGAGGUUGAAGAAGGCUUUUGUUGCCCUUAAAGCUUGGAAAGCCGCCAUGUAUUCUGACCCAUAUAACUUCACUGAAAAUUGGGUUGGCAAUGAUGUCUGUCUUUAUAGGGGUGUUUUUUGUACUACGGCUCUUGAUGACUCCACUGUUGAGGUUGUGGCUGGCAUUGAUUUGAACCAUGCUGACAUUGCAGGCUACUUGCCACCUGAGCUUGGACUCUUGACAGAUUUGGCGUUGUUCCAUAUCAACUCUAAUAGGUUUUGUGGGAUAAUUCCUCAUAGCUUUUCUAAGCUCACUCUCAUGUUUGAGUUUGAUGUCAGUAACAAUCGGUUCGUUGGCCAUUUUCCAGAGGUUGUCUUUUAUUGGCGUAUCGCUAAGUACCUCGAUCUUAGGUUCAACGACUUUGAAGGAGAGAUCCCACCGGCACUUUUCACUAUGACCUUCGACGCUAUAUUCUUAAACAACAAUAGAUUCAGUUCCUUCAUCCCGGAUACCAUUGGAAACUCCACUGUCUCCGUUGUGUCCUUUGCGUAUAACUACUUCCAUGGCUGCAUUCCUAGUUCGGUCGGCCAAAUGAGCAGCCUCAAGCAGGUUCUCUUCAUUGGCAACAACCUCGAUGGCUGUCUCCCAGUCGAGCUUGGAAAGCUUGUCAAUGUAACGGUGCUUGAUAUCAGCAACAAUAGCUUUCCUGGUUGGUUGCCCACGUUGUCGGGACUCAAGAAUUUGCAGUGGCUUGAUGUUAGUCACAAUGAAUUCAGGGGCUCUGUUUCUGCAGAGAUAUGCAAAUUACCUCAUUUGGAUAACUUUACUUACUCCUUUAAUUAUUUUAAUCAGCAAGAUGGAGAGUGUGUGACAUCUAAGGAUUCAAAAAAGAUUUUUGGUGAUGUUCAUAAUUGCUUGCCCAAUCGCCCGGAGCAGAGAGAUGCUGAAAGUUGUAGCUCUUUUAUGAUGAAGUCGGUGAAGUGUAGAGGUUGUGGUGAAGAUCUAGUUAAUCAAUCUCCGACCAAUCCGGUACGGGUUCGUAGGCAGCCACCUUCAGAAUCGGGCGAACCCCCAGUUCCAUCCUCACCUCCUCCGCCAACGACCGAAUCUCCACCGCCAACGACCGAAUCUCCACCGCCAACGACCAAAUCUCCUCCGCCGACGACCGAAUCUCCUCCGCCGACGACCGAAUCCCCACCGCCGACGACCGAAUCCCCACCGCCACCCGUCUACUCUCCACCGCCUCCGACCGCCGCAUCUCCACCGCCACCAGUCUACUCUCCCCCACCUCCUACCGCAUCUCCACCGCCACCAGUCUACUCUCCCCCACCUCCUACCGCAUCUCCACCGCCACCAGUCUACUCUCCCCCACCUCCGACCGCAUCUCCACCGCCACCAGUCUACUCUCCCCCGCCCCCGACCGCAUCUCCACCGCCACCAGUCUACUCUCCACCGCCACCAGUCUACUCUCCACCACCACCACCACCAACCGCAUCUCCACCGCCACCCGUCCACUCUCCACCGCCACCCGUCUACUCUCCACCGCCACCCGUCCACUCUCCACCGCCACCCGUCUACUCUCCACCGCCACCCAUCUACUCUCCACCGCCACCCGUUCACUCUCCACCGCCUCCGACUGCAUCUCCACCGCCACCCGUCCACUCUCCACCUCCUCCGACCGCAUCUCCACCGCCACCCGUCCACUCUCCCCCACCUCCUACCGCAUCUCCACCGCCACCCACCGCAUCUCCUCCUCCUCCUCCUGGCGCUUCUCCACCACCGGCGUUCGAAGAUCUAAUCCUACCACCAAACAUUGGUUUCCAAUAUGCAUCUCCACCACCACCACAGUUCCCCGGAUAUUGAGUAGUCUCGUCUUUUUUCAUAUUAUUUCUUGACAUUUUUUCGAUAAUGUAGCUUCUUUUUACUUAAAUAAAGAGAGAAGUUUUGCCCAA